UCUGCGCAUGCGCCGCUCGUACAGCUGCAGUCAACAACAACAGUCUGGACCAUCUGCCCUUUCAUUCCAAGAUGGCGGACCUCCUAGGUUCAAUCUUAAACUCGAUGGAGAAGCCUCCGACAGUCGGCGACCAGGAGAGCCGACGAAAGGCUCGAGAGCAAGCAGCGAGGCUCAAGAAGAUGGAGGAGGACGAGAAAAAAAAGAAAGCGGCGUUCAGGAAAAAGAUGGAGAAAGAGGUGUCGGAUUUCAUUCAGGACAGCGCGCAACAGAAACGAAAGUACAACCCCAUGGGGAAGAUCGAGAGGAGUAUAUUGCACGAUGUUGCAGAAGUGGCCGGUCUGACGUCUUUUUCUUUCGGGGAAGACGAGGAGAGCCGCUAUGUCAUGCUAUUCAAGAAGGAGUUUGCGCCUUCGGAUGAGGAGCUGGAAGCCUAUCGCAAAGGAGAGGAGUGGGAUCCCAAGGUGGCGGAGCAACGGCGCAGGCUAAAAGAACAGGCUGCGUUGGAAGAAUUAGCAUCCAGUCAGACGAAGAAGCCAGAGGCGUGUCCCAACUCCAACUACAGAGACAAGUACAGCCACCUGAUCGGCACCUCGGCCGCUAAAGAUGCAGCACACACGCUGGAGGCCAACAGGGCCUACGGCUGUGUGCCGGUGGCCAACAAGAGGGACACUCGCUCCAUAGAGGAAGCCAUGAAUGAAAUCAGAGCGAAGAAGCGGCUGAAGCAGGAGGACGACUCAGGGGCACACAGCAGCAGCUCUUGAGUCUCCUCCGUUUUUUUGCUUCCUGUCUACUGUUGCGUGUAUGCGUGUGGGUGUGUGUAAAUGUGUGUGUGUGUGUGUGUGUGUGUGUGUGUGUGUGUGUGUACGCAGUAUAAUUCAUCCUAUAAUGCAAUACUAUGUACUUCAGACAUUUAAAGUAUAACUUAUAAGGCAGGCGUCGAAUCUAGUCUAUGUACGCCACACUCUGAUUGUUCCGAUAUUGUGAAAUCUGGGUUUUGGUUGGAGGUACUCAGGUGUGUCUGAUCCAGGGGGCGGAUCACUUUCCAUGUGGUGUUCUGUCAGUUAUCAAGCCUCUCAUACACGAUAAUAUACCAUGCAGUAUGAGAAAGGAGUUUUGAGUACAAAGUCCAAUGGGUGUUCAGCUAAUUAAGAGCACCUGGUGUCUUCUUACAUUAUUUUUAAAACACAUUUUUUGGCAGUGAUUGACCUUUUUGAUGCAGAUGUGCAUCAGUGACAUUUUUAACAGUGAAAAUAUUGAUACUUUCGAGCUUUAGCCGGGCUUGAGGACAUUUUGAAAGCAAGUUAUUAGUGUACUGAAAAAGUCCCGCAGACAGUGUUCUGAAUAUCUAGUGUAAUUUUUUUAAAAAGGGAAACAGAAGUCCUGUCUUCUCGACCAGCAUUGGGUUUGUUAAAUUUUUGUUUUAAGUCUCAGCCUGUUUCAGAACUUGAAGUUGGAAACAUGCCAUUCUCUCCAUUUCAAGAGGAAUCACAUUUUAGAAGAUAAUGUUUUUUCUGUGUUUGUGGUCGCGUUUCAUUUUGGUUUCUGUGCAUCUGCACCGAACGAAUCAAACUGUCACUACAAGCUAAAUGUUUUAUUAUUGAGCCAUAUGAUGGCUUUCUGUAGUCAUCGUAGGACGGAGCGGAUGUACCAGACUCGUUGUAAAGAUCUCUUUUGUUUGUCAUAUCUUCAAUUUCUUGGCAUCUUGAUGUCUGUUUUAACAUGGUUGCACUGUUUUAUCCCCUGAUGUGUGUAAUAAACAGAGAACUGUC